AUGGAAACGGAAGCUUCAAAGGGUCAUCUUGUCAUAAAAGAUUGCAGUAUAUGCAGAAUGAGUGACACAUUGAUGGUUAUAGCUAUUGAUAUAGGAACAUCAUACAGUUGUGGUUUCUACUCAUUCAGAAACGAUCCAAAGGAGAUUAACGCUGUAGAAUAUUUCUAUGACAAAGUUCCUACGGUAGUGCUUUUUGACAAAAGAAAGGAAUUUCAUAGCUUUGGCUAUAAAGCAGUGGACAAUUACAAACAGCUUUCAGACGAAGAAAAAAGAUAUUGGUACUACUUUAAAGAUUUUCACAAGAUAUCAAAUGAGCAUAAGCCAACAGAACUAGAAGUGACCGAAUGCAGCGGUAAAAGACUGGAAACGUACAAAGUGUAUGGGUCCAUAAUAAAAUACUUUACAGACACAAUGUUAACCAAGUUGCGAAGAGUUAUAAAUUGUGAUAUUGGAAUAACUCGCAUACGCAUACAUGUCGUGCUUAUAGUUCCUCCCGUAUUUUCGAGAUCCAACAAGUCUAUGUUACAGAAAGCCUUUUCAUACGAAAGUUCUUUUCUCUGGGUAGGCAGUUUAAUCAAUAUCAAUUUCAGAUAA